CCAUGGCGGAUAAUAUACAGAGAGGAGAAGAGUUCGAGAAGAAAGCGGAGAAGAAGAUCAGUGGCUGGGGAUUGUUCGGUUCCAAAUACGAAGAUGCUGCUGAUUUCUACGAUAAGGCUGCCAACUGCUUCAAACUCGCCAAAUCCUGGGACAGAGCUGGAUCGACUUAUGUCAAGUUGUCAACUGUUAUACAAAGCUGUAGCAAACAUGAAGCUGCACAAGCUUAUGCUGAUGCUGGUCAUUGCUAUAAGAAAACAUCUGCUAAAGAAGCCAUUUCUUGCUUAGAACAAGCAGCAAAUCUGUUUUUGGAUAAUGGGAGGUUCAACAUGGCUGGAAAAUAUUACAAGGAAAUUGCUGAAUUAUAUGAGCUUGAACAAAACUUUGAGCAGGCUAUAAUCUACUUUGAAAAAGCAGCUGAUAUUUAUCAAAGUGAAGAAGCAACAACUGCUGCAAACCAGUGUAAUGCAAAAGUUGCACAAUUUGCUGCUCAACUAGAACAAUAUCAGAAGGCAAUUCAAAUUUAUGAAGACAUAGGACGACAAUCACUAAACAAUAAUUUGCUGAAGUAUGGAGUCAAGGGACAUCUUCUUAACGCUGGCAUUUGUCAACUUUGCAAAGGCGAUGUCGUUGCAAUUACCAAUGCAUUAGACCGAUAUCAGGAAAUGGAUCCAACUUUUUCAGGAACACGUGAAUAUAAAUUACUUGUGGAUUUGGCUGCUGCAGUUGAUGAGGAAGAUGUUGUGAAGUUCACUGAUGCUGUUAAGGAAUUUGAUAGCAUGACCCAACUGGAUGCUUGGAAGACAACCCUUCUACUGAGGGUGAAAGAAGCUAUCAAAGCCAAAGAACUAGAGGAGGAUGAUCUCACCUGAGUCCUAUUUCUCGGUUCCGUUUCAGGGUUUUGUUCAGGAUGAUUUCUUUGUAUAAUGCCGUUGUGUCUGCCACACAUUCACGAUCUCCAAUUUUUUCUUUUUGCUUUCUUCAAAUCUUCUUGAUUUGGGUUUCAAUCAGAAUGUCUAUGCUUGCAUUUCUGAGGGUGAGGUUCUAAUGUGAUCAUUGUUUUCCUUGCUUGUAUACACACACCUACCAUUUCUGAAUUCUCAAUGUCGGACUCAAGCGAAAAUGAUUGAAUUUAAAUGGUUGUGCUUUUAUGAAUA